AUGUAUCAUUAUUUCCUAAAGCGACGGCUUCGUUUCGUGUUGAGAAAGUUGAACGCCCACGACUACGAAUUCAUCGCUAGCGAAUUUCAUCUCAAUGCCGAGCAUUGGUUUGCUGGUUCGCACGCAAUGUCUGGCAAGCGUGUUACCCAUGCUCGAAUCGUCGAUUGGUACAGGCGUCUCCGCGUCGUCUUCCCGGGCAUCAAGUUUCGCCUGCACAAGGUUUUUGUAAGCGGAUCGCCUUGGAAUAGCAAGGCAUGCAUUGAGUGGACAGACGAAGUCUACGACAAUACAGGUCGUCCCCUUCCAAAUGAAGGGGUGUUCGUCAUUUCCAUCAAAUGGGGACGAGUAACGGAAUUCCACGUUUACUGUGACACAGCAAAGAUAGAGGAUAACCUCGGCAUCCUGGCGGCGCAAGGAGUGAGUGAGGCCUCUGCCGCACCCAUUGUGGGCUGA